UAGUGCCAUCGACCAACCAUUCUUUGUCACAGUGAUUGAUACAAACGCGUUGUCCUACAACCAAAUUGGGAAGGUCCGCUUUUACCUCUGAACCGGUCCAAUUGUUCCUUUUGUUUCCUCCUUUCUUCUUUAAUGUUGUUGUGGCUGUGGUAAUGAUGAUAGGUUGUCUCUCAGUUGUCUACCCAAUAAUAAUCGAGCUGGGCUAUAUUACAUCGGAGAGGUGUGUUCUGGAUGACAAACAAUCUUUCAGUGAUGUCAAAUUUGGAACAAAGUUGUUUCUUGAUCAUGAUUUUUAUUAUUUUGAUUGCUGAUUCUGUUAACCCAAUGAUUGAUGGUAUCCAGGACUGGAUGUUGUAUAUGUUUGAAUCCACAGUCCGUGGAAUAUUUUUUAAACAUGUUGAAUUUGUACUGGGAUCCAUUGUCAGAUACAAGUUCCUCUGGUAUAACGUUUCUGCUGAAAAUAUUCUUCAUGACUAUAAUGAUGUGCAUUGACCUAGUGUGUUGUAAAUCUCUGGCCAGAAUGAAUAGUAUUCUGUAACCACAACAUAGUUGUUACCAUUGUUUGGAACAGAUCAGUUCCCUUUCUGCCAUGGUUGAGUUGGGACAGGGUGUGGUGUAAGCUUUUCAGCUGACUUGGUCAGGGCAGGUGGUGCAGGUGGUGCACAUUUUAACAUUUUGUUCAAUUUGUUUUUUCAUUUCUGGCCAGUAGCAGCUGCCAGGGGCUAUAUCUUUAUACCGAUUUUGGGUACAUCUAAUUUGGACGCCCAAAAUAGAGAGAUGAAAACUGUGUUACUACUUGUAAUGAUGGAUAGGAAAAAAAAUGUGGUGGUAACAGUUCGAGAUCUUGUAGGUUCACUGUUUAUCAACUGUUUGAUACAAACAAUUUGAGUUUCUCGUUUUCUAAUUCCCAUUUUGCUAAUUUUCUGUUUAUAUAGUCUGCUAUUUGAUUCUUCUUUUCUUUUCUUUCUUUUUUUUUAACAUUCUCAUAAUUUUAUAUAUAUUAUUUAAAACAAAAAACAAUUUUUGGCUCUUUGUUUACUUUGUUUAUUUUGUUUUAACAGGUCACUCGUUGAUAACAGUGCAGAUAUAUUAUAUCAUACUGAAGAUGUAAACCUGUAUAAAUAUGAUUAAUAAUAAUGAAAAGUUUGAAAGAGAAUUUAAGGGAUUACUGAUGCUUAAAGUAAUUUUCUGGUUUAACGCCUGGCUGCUCCUGGCUCUACGUUUGCAUUUUUCUAUGCUCUAGUGUCCUGGAUGUAUGCGUUCUAGCACGUCUGAUUGCAUAGAUUGUGGAAUAAUGAUCUACUUAUCUUUGCACAGGAUGAUGUCCAGGUCUGUGAUGUCUUAUUUGUUAGUGUAAUAUUGCAGAUUUCUUUGAGGCAUUUUUUAAUCCAGUUUUUGCCAACAGUUGUUCAUAACAUUGCUCAAAGUUGUUAGUUUAAUGUCAGUUUUUGACUUGUGGUGAAUCUCCUUAAGUUUCUGGUUGCUAGCCAGCAUUUAUUGUAUCAUCACAUUGACUUGAUGGACUUUCUUGUUCUGAAAGUUAAUUCUGCUGGUUUGAUUGUCCUGUUGGUAUUUGUGAUACUUUUAUAGAUCCAUGAGACUGGUUCCUUUUACACGUUUAGCCUUAAAUGUACAAGCUAUAGUGUUAUUCUGAUGCAUUGCAUCCUGGGCAACAAGUCAACAAGUGUUUACUGGAACCGUGAUGCACACAACACAGGAUUCUUCCUCAUGCUGCUGGUACACUAUUGCUGCCAUCCAAUUUCACUUUGUGGGUUGUGUCAUUAAGGUGGAGUGUGUGGCGUGGAUUUAUUUUGGCGAAUGACACAAAGAAAUGAAUUUUAUUUAUAAAACUUGUGAAUAUAAAAAAAGCUCGUUUUUUUUCUUAUAUAAUUAAAAAAACCCAAUCUUUUUGUAAAUUUGGCGGAAAUUUAAUUUGAUGAACAGUAAAUUAUGUUAAAUUUGACGAGUAUUUAAAUUGGCGAAUAGUCAGUUAUCAAAAUUUUGGCGGGUAUUUAAUUUGUUAAAUUUCGCCGAAAUUCGCCAAAUUCACCAAAAUUAAUCCUCACCGAAAUUUAUCCACUUGUCUGAGAUUGCUGAUACUUUGGACUAUAGUUGUUUGAUUCUUUCUGGAGGAAUUUCAUGUCCUAGGAUUUCCACUUGGUGAGUUUUGAAGAUACAUAUCUCUUUGUUAAGGAUCACUCCAUUUUUUUAAAAAGCGUUGGAGUAAUUGUUUCAGACAGCUGUCGUGUUCACUUUCUGUGCUUUUGGCAACACCUGGAAGGGCGCCAAUGACUGCAUUGAUUUUCUUGUUAAGGAUUUCCUGUAGGGAACUUAGGUGAAAGGAGCUCAUGUACAACAGAAUCUUCCUAAGGGUGGAUAAAUUUUGUCAUCGUCCCCAAUCCUGGCCAUUGUUUAGUUAACCUAGCUAAUAUAACAUCCUUGUUCAAUUUGGUGAGGCCAAUACAAAGUGUUAUAUCUCCACUGGGUUUAGUAACUGCUACUAUGGUUGGCACCAGUCUGUUGGUUCUUCUGCCUUUCAAAUAACUCUGAGUUUCUCCACUUGUUUGAUCUCCUCUGUCACAGCCUAGUACAGCAGUAUUGGUAGAUAAGAUAGAUGUGCAUAUUUUACAUGGCUAGCCUCACAAAUAUUAAGGGAUAUACCCUGCCUAUUGUUUGCAGUAGAGACCAUGGCUUAGAUGGGGAGUCCUAGGGUAUUUAAUGCUCAUUUUGAGCUAAGCAGACCCAAUUAGGGUUCCAUUCUACCAGGUAAUUUUGUGCAACAUUUAAUGGCUCACAUAGUGUGCCCUCUCCUCAAUUUCCCUCACAUAGCUUGGGUUACUCAAUGGCUAUGGUAACAUUAACUCGCCCAUAUUAAAUCAGCGUUAUCAGCGUUAAGCUUAAGCACUAAGGGUUUUGUUUCUGCCAGCAAAUUUCUUCCGACAGGCUCAUUUUUUAUGCUCACAAUGUGAUCUCUAAUCAAGCCGUUGGCAGGCAUCAAAAAAUUUUCAUUUUUUGUUGAGUAUUUGGAUGUCUGUAAAAAUAGUAUCAGAAGUUUCAUCAUCUUUCUGUAUGCAAUUUUUGAAUGUGUGUCUCUAGUGUUUCGCUUACUAUACACCUUUUGUAAACUUUUCUAGUUGAUCAAUAAUAACAUUGACUUUUUUCUUCAGUAAUAUUCACCGACUUGAAUAUCUUUUUAGUUUCUUCGCUGAAAAUGUACCUUAACACGAUACACUGAUAUUUGUCUGGUUUCAUGGCCAGUUCAGUGACGAUGGCAUAGUCUUGCUAUUUUGCCUUCCUUGUCUUAAGGCUAUGUAACGAUGAACUGAUAUGUUGAGAGUCAGAAGAGUCCAUAAAUUCGCUCGAUUUUCCAUGAUGCUGCAGAUUUAACUUGUUAUCUUCUGAUCACUUUGUUUUAAACUUUAUUUCAAAAAAUAUCCUGCACUUAGUGCCAUGUUGUGAUUGGAUUUAGUCCUAUAUUUGCAGUUGACGAUAAUAUGUACAAGAUGACGUAACGUAUAAUGGUUGAAGGUGAAGCGUAGUAUAUAAAAGGGCCUAAUGUUCGCGAUUUAGGAUAAAAAUGUUUUAAAUCCUUUUAAUCUUAGGAUAACUAACCAUGGAUAGAGAAAGUGUACAUCAAGGAUGGUUGGAAUGUUUCGUGGAUGCUCCGAACUCAAAAUCAUGGAUGAAAUUGACAGUUAAAAAACCUUGGAAGAGAAGGUACUUAGUGUUGUAUCAUUUAAAUGAAGACACUGACAAAAUGUAUCUUGCAUCAUACGAAAAAGAUGAAAACUGGAAUAUAUUGGAACCGAAGAAAGUUUUAGAUUUAUAUCCAAGGUAUAAGAUAGCUAAGAUUGCGAACUUUAAAGGCAGAGAAAACGUAUUGGAAGUAAAUAACGAAAGCGAACAGUGGUAUUUAAGCACAGAUAAAUCUAAAAUUAUUGAUUUAUGGGCUACGCAGAUUCAAAUGCAGACAAAGUUGAGUCGUGCCAUCUCUGGACGCAUCUUCUCAGUGUCAGGAGCUGUUAACAAACAGAUGCAGAGGAUCGGCGCUGCGCAGCAGCGUUGUUUGUUGCACUUUACGAGAUGGGGAAUAACAUUAGCCUUGCAAGAUUCAAGAGCAAUACUUGCUAUGUGGCCACUGAAGACUAUUCGAAAUUACGAAAGCUCUCAACAGUGCCAGUUCUCCAUCGAAGCUGGACGUCGAGCACCGAUGGGAGAGGGCGUAUUUGUUUUUAACACCAAUAUUGGACAGGACGAGGAGAUGUUUAGCGUUGUCGAUGCCUUUGUUGCUGCCACCUUAAACGAAAAUGCGCAGAUUAAUCCCAGACAAAAGGAGCCAACUACGGACGAAGAAAUAUUAAGGACAUACGAUCAGCUACAUCGUUCUGCUACUGGCAUGCAUUCUGAGUCAGUGCCUAUACGUAACUUCGACAUAGACAUGCCUGGGUAUGCUCACAUCGGUCGCGAAAUGUCGAGGUCUGUUCGUUCAAACAAUUCUAUAGCCAUCUACAAACCACCUGAUUAUAAUCACUCACAACAAGCAGAAAGCAGGAGAAACACGGGCGAUAGUAUUUCGCCUGUUGCAGGAUUUCAAGGAACAUUUGGCACCCCGAGAGGGUUGUCUUUUUCUGAUAACAAUAGUUACGACCAGCUGGAUCGAAAAGGAAGUUGGGGUUCGCGAUCGGAAGCAGAAGCGGACUAUGAUCACAUUCAUCAGAAAACAGAUUUUGUGAAUACAGUUACGGAGAAUGCGUAUGAUAAAAUAGAUCGUUCUCAACUUGUACCUGGUAGUGCUCAAAAUAUACCAAGACGUAAUCCUGGAUAUUCGGGUUUCCGGCUUCGCGACGAGCCGUCUGUACCGUUUUUAGACGACAAUGACAAACCGUUUCAAGGAAGAUCGCCGCUAUCGUCGUUAUCAUUAACAAAAACACCCGAGGACGAAAAAUACGAAUUUCGUAACUCUAUAUACACGCCAGCCAAAGAAGCCAAUAAAUACUUUUCUACUGACGGUCCAGAUACCUCAUCAAGGUUUUCUGAUCAUUUUUCUCCUACGCACGACAGCGCCAAUUCAGAUUUGAUCGAUCUAUCUAGCCGACACAACUCGGCGGCUAGUGAAAGUGAAAAAGUCGCGUUUUCAAGGUCUAAACAAAGAACAAGCUCUUCCAUUAAAGACAAAAGUAUUCAAGACAUUGCGGAUCACUUUCUGUAUCAAAUGCCGUCAACGUUUUCGCCGCCGACGAAUGCAGAUGUUUCCGAGGAAACAACCGACCAAGAGGAUGUGGAUUAUCAAAAUAUGGAGUCUGUAAGAGAUUCCGUUUUUGCUGGAAGUAGUCCUCAACGGAAUAUAGAUAGUUCUAAAAAUGAAACUUCGUAAAUAUCUCUCUCUUUCUUUCUGCCUUUUGUAAUGUUAUGUAAUGUAUACUAAAAGAAUACCACUAUAAACCUUUUCCAAAUCGAAUUGAAAAAUUUGCACUUAAGGCAGCUUUCCAUUAAGGUGUUCUUGGUUGUACACGAGCUGCCAACGUUUGAUUUUUCGGCAUUUGGGUAUGUAUAUUAGAAUUUCUUUUUGUGGUGAUUCCUCGAUCUUGACAGUUCUGGAGGUUAGGGCGAGUCAACGUCCAAGUGUUUGCAAACGAACUACUAUCUUCAAUGUAAUGAAAUUGAGCAUAUUGAGCGGACGUUUAACGUUGAUAGCUGCGACUGUUCAUAAUAAUGAAAAGUAACCUUAACACUAAUCUUACAGAUAUUAAUACGAACCUUGUUGUAAUUUUCAAGUUUUGUGUCCAGAUAUUAUUUUUUUUUAAAUUUUUAUAUAUUUAGAAAUUGUUGUUUAUUUAUUUAUUAUUAGAAAUAUUUGCUGGAUGAA